GACUGCGGACACAGUACAGGAAGUGACCAGAGACUGCGGACACAGUACAGGAGAUGACCAGAGACUGCAGACAGUACAAGAGAUGACCAGAGACUUCAGACAGUACAGGAGAUGACCAGAGACUGCAGACAGUACAAAAGAUGACCAGAGACUUCAGACAGUACAGGAGAUGACCAGAGACUGCAGACAGUACAGGAGAUGACCAGAGACUGCAGACAGUAUAGGGGAUGACCAGAGACUGCAGACAGUACAGGGGAUGACCAGAGACUGUGGACCGUUAGGGAGGGAGGGGGAGCAGGUAUCUGAAUUUGACAGUGGGCACCCGACUGUCACAGAUGCCGGCGCGGGAAGAAGCUGGUGCUGGAAGACUGCGCAGCGCUGGACCGAGGAACAGAUAAGGCCCUGCAGGAGAGAACAGCUGAGCGGCUGGCCCAGUAUUCUGACAUGGUGGCAGUGG